AUGGCCGAAAAUGAUUACGAUGAUUACGUAAAAAAAAAUAUAGCCGAAAAAAAUGCUAUCGUAAGUACUUUCGAUUUAAAUUUCUAACCUAGCAACCGGUAUAUUUGCAUUUAACUUUUCAGUUUGCCGAGAUUUUCAAUGAUUCAGAAGAGAAAACGAACGAAAUAAAGGAACUUGAGAAAAAAUACAAUGACGCGAAAGAUGCAAAAAAAUCUAGAUCUAGAAUUCGAUCUAUUGACAAGUUUACAAUUAAACGUUCGAAACUUGAUUUUUGUAAGAAGUAUAAUACUAGAAGUAGAUCAAAGAGUAUUUCUGAAAAUAAAGAAGAAGAAAAGGAGAACAAUUUGACUGAACCUGGAAGUAGUAAAUUGUUAGUUUUAUUUCCGUGGACAAAACCAUUCCAACAAUCAAUCGAUUUAAUGAAAAUGAAAGUUUGCGAUGCAGAUGAAGAGCAGCACAACGAUGAUAAUUUGUCUAAAACAAUUAAAAAACGAAUUUACAAUAUGAAUAGAGUUACUUAUAACUUAGAUUACAUACCGUCUGUCGAUGAAAUUACAGAUGAAAUGCUAGAUAAUGUUGCAACUAAAUCUUCUUUGAAACAAUAUUGUAAAGUUAAUGGAUUAUGCUGUCAUCAAUGUAGACAGAAAACAUUAGAUACGAAAACUGUAUGUCGUUCAGGAGAAUGUUUUGGAAUUAGAGGACAAUUUUGUGGACCUUGUUUAAAAGGCAGAUACGGCGAAGACAUUAUUGCUGCAUUAAAAGAUCCUAACUGGGCUUGCCCACCUUGCCGUGGUUUAUGUAAUUGUAGUAUAUGUAGAACGAAAAGUGGUUUAUGUCCAACUGGAAUCUUAGCACCAAUAGUGAAAGAAGAAGGAUACUCCUCGGUUAUGGAUUACCUACAAUUUGCCGAAACAGAUGAUACAUAA